AUGCUAAACGUUGCCCUUUUACUAUUACUACGGUAUGCAAGAGAUGCCUCGGCGAGUAUGUGCCAAACGCCCCCCUCGCCCGAACACCCGAAUAUUGUUAUUUUAAUGGUUGACGACUUAGGAUACGGUGAUUUCCAAUCUUACGGCCAUCCGACGCAAGAGCGAUCGGAGGUGGAUCGAAUGGUGGCAGAGGGGACAAGGUUUACGCAAGCCUACGCAGCAGACAGUAUGUGCAGUCCGAGCAGAGCUGGAUUUAUCACAGGGAGACUCCCGAUCCGAUUGGGGGUAACUGGUGGGGCUCGAGUUUUCUUGCCGCAAGAUAUUGGAGGACUACCGAAGUAUGAGAAAACAAUGGCAGAGAUGUUGAAGGAAGCUGGAUACGCGACUGGUAUGGUGGGAAAAUGGCAUUUGGGUAUGAACAAGCACAACCGUACGGAUGGCACCUAUUUACCGUCACGUCGCGGGUUUGAUUGGGUCGGCCUGAAUAUGCCCUUCACGAAUAUGUGGGAAUGUGAUACGUCACAGAAAUUCAACUUCUACGGACCAAACUCGACGCUUUGCUUUCUCUACGACGGCGAUGAGGUGGUACAACAACCAGUAAACUUUGAUCACAUCACCGAUAAUCUCGUCGAUGACUGGAAACGCUUUUUGAGGUUGAGAAUGAUGAAGGACCAACACGAACGUCCCUUCUUCUUCUACUUCUCGUUCCCGCAUGUCCACUCUGCCCAAUUCGCCAAUGCUCGGUUCCUUGGAUCGUCGGUGCGAGGUCUGUACGGCGACAACAUUAAUGAAAUGUCGUGGGCGGUUGGGCAGGUGAUGGAUAGUUUGGUCGAAAUGGGCAUUGCAAGACAGACGCUUGUUAUUCUGAUGAGUGAUCACGGACCUCAUCAAGAAUUAUGUCUCAAUGGUGGCUCUACAGCUGGGCUGAAGGGAGGAAAAUCGAAUAGUUUUGAAGGUGGAUUCCGGAUUCCGUUUGUGGCCUGGCAACCUGGGACUGUACCGGGCGGCCGUGUCAGCCACGAAGUGAUCAGCAGUAUGGACCUAUACCCAACAUUCCGGGAAAUGAACAAGUGCGAAUAUGAGGCCAAACAACUGCCCCUUGACGGCAUCAAUAUCUGGGAUGAACUUCGAGGGCUCAGCACAGAAAAGCCGGGAUAUUUAGGACGAGCACGACCCAUCAUCUACUACUGUAACACCCAUCUGAUGGCCAUUCGAUUUGGAAACUACAAGAUCCACUACAAAACGUCACCAAUCUUCCACAACACCACAAACGAUCCGAAUCUUGCUGAAAAGUGUCCGGGCGGGAAGCCGUUUGAUGACUGGUACGUAUCUCAAAAGUGUCCAGAUGGGGAUCUGGUCACCCAUCGACCACCACUCGUCUAUGAUCUACAAUUCGAUCAAUACGAAUUGUAUCCCAUGGAGGACAACGAAUUGACACAAUCGUUGAGAAUGGAAGCCGCGCAACUGUUGAUAGAACACAAGGGAUCAUUAGUGAAAGUGCCGCAACAAUUGGGCAACUUCUCACUGGGUGUUAUCCCUUGCUGUGAUCCACCCCUCUGUCAAUGCGACAAGAUAAAGGAGCGACAUUUGAAGCAUAAAGAACAUAGCCUACGCACCAACUUCGUCCCUCUCAAAAAGGAGCUGAUGAGCCAGAUUUUGAUAAACAACGAUUUU